GGCUCCUCCCUCCAAAUUCCAUAUCCCUUUUCCUGUGCUGCGUGCGUUGCGGAACUACAGAGGGAGGAUAAGAAGACGCUGGUGCUCCUCCUCUUUUCUUCUUCGCGCUACUUAGCAGUUACUCCUUGCGAGUGAGUGCGCCGCUGCUUUUCUCUUCUUCCACUCGUCUCCUCCCCAGCGAAUGCAUCAACCGGCGUGCCUUUCUCGCAUCGGUUAGGCUUUAGAGAUGGGGGUGCUGCUGGCUGUGCUUGUCCGUCCGGCACCAAUUCUGACCUCAUGAUCUCACCGGUUGCAGCCAUGGUCCUCCCUUCCGCUACUGCAGCUGCUGCUGCUCCUGCAUCAUCUUCUUCUUUGCGGAAUCUCUCCCCACUCACGGUGUGCCUCCCUCCACACUGCCGCCGUUCCUCUCCUUUCUUCAUCUUCCCUACGGUUAUUAGCUGCUUCUCCUCCUCUUCCCCGUUGCCGCUUCGCCUCCCCAGGCGGUCAAAAAAUCCAGGGAUUGCUUGCCAAGCGACGAUAGACACGGAACCAGAAGGCAACAACGAGGACAAGGAAAAGGGGGCAACUGGGGAAAUUGGGGAGGGAACAUCUUCCCACGCAGCUAAUGGUAUUGCACAAGAUAAUGGGCAUCUUGAUUAUAACUCCGUCUCAGAUAAAGAAAAGAAUGAAUCUGAUAGUGUAGAAUUAUCGACUAUUCAUGAGACGUCUCAGUUGAAUGAGAGGGAUCCUGUAACUCCACAAGGCAUUCAGGAGAAGGACGAUGAUUUGGAUGUUGCAAGUGGGUCACCUUUGCCAGGAAUGAAGCAGCAGCUUGGUGAAACCAUCAGGAUUCCAAAGGGGACAAUUGACAUUCUUAAAGACCAAGUUUUCGGCUUUGACACCUUUUUUGUGACCAGCCAAGAGCCUUAUGAGGGAGGAGUACUAUUUAACGGUAAUCUUCGGGGCAAGGCAGCUAAGAGUUAUGAAAAAAUUACAAAGCGUCUACAGGAGAGAUUUGGAGAUCAAUACAAGCUUUUCCUUCUCAUAAAUCCAGAAGAUGAAAAGCCGGUGGCAGUGGUGGUGCCUAAGCAAACAUUACAGCCAGAUUCUACUGCUGUCCCAGAGUGGUUUGCUGCUGGUGCAUUUGGAUUAGUGACCAUCUUCACUCUACUUCUUCGAAAUGUACCUGCAUUACAGGCCAACAUGCUAUCGACAUUCGAUAAUUUGGAACUGCUGAAAGAUGGUCUUCCAGGAGCCCUAGUAACUAUACUUAUUUUAGCAUCCCAUGAAAUUGGCCAUAUUCUAGUUGCUAGAGAUACAGGAAUCAAGUUGGGAGUGCCGUAUUUUGUUCCCAGCUGGCAGAUGGGAUCUUUUGGGGCAAUUACAAGAAUAGCAAGUAUCGUUGCCAACCGUGAGGACCUUCUCAAACUAGCAGCUGCUGGACCUUUGGCUGGAUUCUCCAUCGGGCUUGUUCUUCUACUUUUAGGUUUCUUAUUACCGCCCUCUGAUGGUAUCGGCAUUGUGGUUGAUCCAGCAGUCUUUCAUGAAUCAUUCCUUGCUGGAGGAAUCGCAAAGCUUCUUCUUGGAGAUGCUUUGAAAGAAGGAUCGCCAUUGUCUCUCAAUCCAUUGGUUUUAUGGGCCUGGACUGGUCUUCUAAUUAAUGCUAUCAACAGCAUUCCUGCAGGAGAGCUGGAUGGUGGUCGAAUAGCAUUUGCUUUAUGGGGAAGAAAGGCAUCUGCUCGGUGGACUGCCAUCAGCCUUGCUCUACUUGGAAUAUCAUCGUUGUUCAAUGACGUAGCAUUCUAUUGGGUAGUGUUAAUAUUCAUUUUGCAAAGGGGUCCAAUUGCUCCUCUCUCAGAGGAGAUCACCGAACCUGAGAAUAAGCAUCUUGCCCUUGGUGUUGCAGUUUUGGUUCUGGGGCUCCUAAUUUGUGUACCUUACCCAUUUCCUUUCACCACUGAAGAAUUAAGUUUUUGAUCUUUGAGUAGAUUUUCAUUUAUGUGACAAUCCCCUGCAUUAUUGCCGUAUUGCUGUUGUCUCUAUAUAUCGACUGUACUUUCUUUCUAGUCCCAAUUGUGCUUUCAUUUUCUUUAAAAGUGUACUAAUGCAUUAAUUCAAUGUAUUUCUUUUUCAGUUGGUCAAGCAGGAGUGUUUCAAAGCUGAACUAACCAUUUGUAUCA